AGUUGUCUCAGUUGUGUGUCUGUGGAGCUCAGAGUGAGUCUUCCUCGGCCUUCAGGAUGAAGGUGUGUUUCCUCCUGCUUUGUGUUUGCUGUCUGAGCUGGAGGACAGAGGCUCAGUCCCAGUCGUUUCUGAUAACGGCUCCUCUCUCGUUCUGCCUGGACGCCGUGGAGACUGUCUUCCUGCAGCUGUUCGGGUACACAUCGGAGGUGCCGGUUUAUGUUUUCCUGAAGACCACCAUGGCUCCGGAUUAUAGGGUUCUGUCUCAGGACGUGGUGAGGCUGAACAGCCUGAACAACUUCCAGGGUAUCGCCAAAGUGCGGCUGUUCCCAAACCAGCUGGGCUCGGACGUGAAUCAGGUGGUUCUCCACGUCCAGACCAAUCAGAUCAACCAGCACAUGUCCAUCCCUGUAAUCAGAACCAACGGCUUCCUGUUCAUCCAAACGGACAAGCCGCUGUACACCCCCCAUCAGAAAGUCAAAGUCAGGGCGUUCUCCAUGAACCAGGAGCUGAGGCCUGCCAAUCGCAGCGUUUACCUGACCUUUAAGGACCCUGACCAGACCACAGUGGACAUUGUGGAGAUGAUUGACGUGAACAACGGAAUCCCGUCGAUGCAGAAUCCUUUUAGAAUCCCCAUCAACCCAAAGUUGGGAAUUUGGACGAUUGAAGCAUCCUACACGGAUGAUUUCUCCACGAAAGCAAAAACAGAUUUUGAAGUUAAAGAAUAUGUUCUUCCCAGUUUCUCCAUCCAGAUGGAGCCGCAGACAAACUACAUCAGUUACCAACAGUUCCAAGAGUUCAUCUUCAAGAUUUCUGCCAAGUAUCUGUACGGCGCUCCGGUGGCUGAAGGUGUGGUGUUUCUGCGUUACGGAUACGUUACCAGGAAUAACCCAGCAGUUAUUAUCCCCACCUCGGUGUCCAGAGUGAGACUGUCUAGGACGGGCGAGGUGGAGGUGACCCUCAACAUGCAGCAGGUCCUGCAGCAACACGAUGGACCAAGAGACCUGAACGGCCUGGUGGAGAGUUACCUGUAUGUAGCGGUCCUGCUGCAGGAGGACACAGGUGGAAUCACUCAGGAGGCAGAGUUUGCUUUUGUGAAGUUCGUCAAGUCACCGUACCACCUGAGCCUGAUCUCCACCCCUCUCUUCAUCAAACCUGGACUUCCUUACAACAUCAAGGUGUUGGUGAGGGAUCACCUGAGCAAGCCGGUGAGCCGGGUUCCAAUACGUCUGGUGGACAAACAGCUGAUCAUGAAUGGAGGGAGCAUCGGGGACUUGUCCUGCCCGGACUCCAGCACCACUGGAGAUGAUGGACUCGCUUAUUUCAUCUGCAACCCCCUGAAGAACUCAGUCAAGGCAGUGCUGAAAUUUGAGACGGCGGACCCCACCCUCCCGUCUGCCAGUCAGGCCAGUCUGACCCUGGAACCGGUGGCCUAUCACUCCCCAAACCAACGGUACCUCUACAUCGACGUGCCGAUGUUCGGCCGCAGCCUCUCCACGGGGAACUACGCCAACAUCCACGUGUACUCGGCCACGCCCUCUUUCCUGCGCAUCAAAUCCCUCAACUACCUGGUGCUCUCCAAAGGGAAGGUGGUGUAUUUCAGAAGCGUGGACUUUGUCAACACCGCCGAUGGAAAACAGACGCUGAACUUCCUGGUGACGAGCGACAUGGUGCCGUCCAUCCGGCUGCUGGUCUACUACGUCCUGCACGGUGAGGGGACCACCGAGCUGGUGGCCGACUCCGUCUGGAUGGACGUCAAAGACAACUGUCUCAGUGGACUACAGGUCGGUGUCUCUUUGCAACAACAAACCUUCAAACCAAAAGGAAACAUUGAUCUGGACAUCAGAACCAAUCAGGAUGGCCUGGUGGCUCUGUCUGCAGUUGACUCCGCCCUUUUCUCCCUCCGACCCAACUACAGAGACCCUGUUUACAUGGUCCUGCGUCACAUCGAGCUGAGCGACCAGGGCUGCGGAGGAGGCGGGGGCAAAGACAACGCAGACGUCUUCCAAUUGGCUGGCCUCACCUUCAUGACCAACGCCAACGCCCAUCCAUCAUCCAGUGCUGAGCUGUGUACAGCUGCUGUUCGUUCCAAACGAGAGUUAACUGAAGAGCAAAAAUCAAAGAAAGCCAGUACCUACGGCCCGGUGAGGAAGUGCUGUGAAAUGGGCAUGAAGCACAUCCCGAAGAGCGUGACCUGCAGUCAGUACGCCGAUCAGAGAUUCAGAAAACAGGGAGGGAAGUUCGAGCAGUGCAAAACAGCCUUCAGAGAGUGCUGCGAGUUCCUCCUGCAGAACCUGGACGAGAACGAUAGACUGGUGCUGGGACGAUACGAACUGGGGGCAGACUUUGACCUGGCUCCAUCUCUGAUCCGAAGCUACUUUCCAGAGAGCUGGUUGUGGGAAGUUCAGCGCACAAGGUCAAACAAGCUAAAAGUCAGAGGAAAACUUCCCGACUCUCUGACCACCUGGCAAAUUAAAGCUGUCGGCAUGUUCCAGAACGGGAUGUGUGUCGCAGAUCCUGUGGAUGUGUCGGUCAGCCUGCCGCUCAGCGUGGAUGUCCCGCUGCCCUACCAGGUGGUCCGAGGAGAACAGCUGGAGCUGCAAGGCUCCGUGUACAACCAUGGGAUCGAUAGCAUCAUGUUCUGCGUGACGCUGACGGCUGGGCCGGCGCUCUGCCUGCUGCAGUCCCAGCCAGCCGGCGGGGAGGGGCUUCACUCCACGGCCUGCACCUGGAACCGCCUCUAUGCAGGAGGGGUGGGUAAAGUGAGCUUCACAGUUCUGGGCCUGCAGCCCGGAGAACACACUCUGACGUUCACCCUGAAGACACAGGCCGGACCUGUAGACGUGGUGAAGAAGACGCUGCGUGUGGUGCCUGAAGGAGUGAGACAGGAGGUAAAUUCUGGAGGAAGACUGGACCCACAGGGACUCUACGGCUCAGAGAAGAGGACUGUGGUUCUGAAGAACAGUCUUCCAGAAAAUAUCGUGCCGGACUCGGUUGUGGAGAGACUCCUGACCAUUAACGGGGAGCUUCCCGUGGAAGUUGUGAUGGUGAUCCUCCGACCUGAAACCCUCAGAGAACUCAUCAGUCUGCCACCUGGGUCAGCGACAGCAGAGCUGGAGUGGCUCCUCCCCCUCAUCCAGGUGUAUCGGUACCUGGAGACGACGAGCAGCUGGAACGUUCUGGGAAUGGACGUCGAGAAGAUCUCUGGUGAUCUGAAACAGAAGAUAAUUGAAGGUCAGGUCGCCAUCAGCUCCUUCAGGAACGGAGACUCCAGCUACAACAUGUGGAAAGACAGAGAGGAACCGAGCACGAUGGUCACGGCUGAGAUGGUCCGGGCUCUGGCUCUGAUGGACCCCUUCGUCUCUGUGAACCACCAGGCACUCUCAGACUCUGUCAGCUGGUUGAUUCGCAAAACUCAACAGCCGGACGGAUCCUUCAGAGAGACGUCCUCCUCCAAACUGAACAAAAUCAUGGUGGACGAUCAGUCGGUGUUCGUCACGUCCUUCGUGCUCAUUGCUCUACACCACGUCACGAGCAUCAGGGACCCAGUCCUGCAGCUCAGAUCCCAGGACGUCAGCAAGAAGUCAGCAGCAAACUACAUUUCCCAGCAUGCCCUGACCGUGAGGAGUGUGUACGUGCGUGCGGUGGCGACCUACGCUCUGACGCUUCAUGACCCCAACAGCAUGGAGGUCACUGAGCUGCUCAACAGCCUGGAGGGGCUCGCCCGACAGAAAGGUCAGCCGGUGGAGCUCAGGUACUGGCAGGAGUCCAACGUGAGAGCUGAUUGGCUGAAGCCGGAUAAAAGCAGCGGUUUGACGGUGGAGACGACAGCUUACGUCCUGCUCUCUGUGCUGCUGAAGGGGAGGAUUCAGUACGCCAACCCCAUCCUGACCUGGCUGUCUCAGGAUCAGCACUACGGUGAAGGUUUUUACUCCAUGAAGGUACAAAGAUCUGACCCUGAAACAGACAGGAUUCCUUUCAACACUAAACAUCACAGAACAUGUUUUAGUGACAGACGGUGUGACACAGUUUUGACUCUGGAGGCGUUGACGGAGUACAAAAAGAUCACCCCCCGAGCCGUCCUCAAUCAGGACAUCAGCAUCCGCUACAGCAAGAAAGGAACUUUGGGACAGGUCCAGCUGAGCCAGACUCGACCGGUGGCCACGCCCAUCCAGAUCUUGAAAAAUGAUGACAUCAUCCUGUCCACGGGUUAUGGAAAAGGCGUGUCCAGUGUGAAGCUGAAGACGGUGUACUAUCAGACCACAGCGUCGGUGCAGUCCAGGUGUAACUUUGAUCUAACCAUCGAGGUGGUCGGACCAGGAGUUUCUGACAACCCCAGUAUGCGAGCUCCUCACCUGACUGCCUGCAUCAAGUACAAACCUCCUCCCAACGAAGUUUCCACGGAGUCCGCUCUGACCAUGAUGAACAUCCAGCUGCCCACAGGUUUGGAGCCUCAGAUGGAGGACCUGAGACCGUUCAGAGACGGCGAUGAGCCGGUCAUCUCUCACUACGAGCUUAAGGGAAGCACUGUGAUCAUCCAGAUGGAUUCGGUUCCAUCAGACAUCUACCUGUGUGUCGGCUUCCGGGUCAGAACCAGGUUCAAGGUGAUCGGAGCCGCAGAGUCCGUGUUAACCGUUAAAGAGCUAGGUGACAGAGGUAACCUGUGCAUCAAGCAGUUCUCUGACGAGCAGCAGAAGCUACAGCGCCUCUGUCUGGGCGAACAGUGUCAGUGCAUGACAGCUGCCUGUGCGUCCUACAGAGGAACCAUGGACAACACGCUGACAGUAGACCGUCGGUUGGAGGAAACCUGCAGAUCUCACAUCAGUUACGCCUACAAGGUGACGGUGAGGUCUCACACAGCAGAAGGAGACUUCAUGAUCUACACAGUCAAAGUCGAUCAGAUCCUGCACAACAGUCCAGAGUUUAACAUGGUGAGGGCAGGUACGGAGGUAGACCUGGUAAAGAAGGCCACCUGCAGCGGGGUGGUGCUCCAGGACAACAAGCAGUACUUGGUGAUGGGAUCCCAGUGGUCAGAGGUCAACCACAACAACGUCAUCAAGUAUCGUCUCCCGCUGGACUCGGACGCUCUGGUGGAGCUGUGGCAGGAGGACUGCAGUUCUCCAGAGUGUCAGGAGUACCGCACCCAGCUGCAGAACUACGCUGUGGACAUUCUGUUCGGCUGCCCCUGACUGAUGGAAACUCCUCAGACUCUUAGCUCGACAUGUUUUAUUACUUUCAAUGCAAAUGGAGAAUAUUUCAAAAUAAAAGUUCAAUAAACUGACAGGAAAUGUGAUGAUAAUUAUUAUAA